AUGGAGAAGUCUGCAGCUAGCGACAUCUACAGUCCUAGCUCGAUCCCGGACUACGACACUGAAUUCCUCAAUCCCGAUGACCUGCGCCAGUUCGAGAAGGCCCUAUCCGACCAGGACGCAGAUCCCCUUAUUGCCCUGAAUGACUGGCGGCCCGUAUACCAGCGAGUCCGGAAGGGGCGAAAGAGCAAAAAUGCGGCCGCACCACGGCGGACGAAGGAUGAAACGCGAGAAGGCGUGCUGUAUACAGUGUUGAAAUGGCCGUUUCUUCUAAUCGUUUUGGGUUGGAUCACGUUCCUGAGCGUCGGGUAUGCGCUUACUCGGAUCUAUAUUUUCCUAUACGAGCAGUGGGUGACGUGGAGAGGGAAGAGGGAGAGCUUGAGGAGGGAACUUUACAAGCAUGAGAAUUACGACGAUUGGUUCCAGGCGGCACAGGCGCUGGACGAGUAUCUGGGAAAUCAGAGGUGGAAGAAACUUGAUGAAUAUGCGUACUAUGACCACAUAACGAUACGGAACCUCAGCCGACAGCUUCGAGCGGUCAGAGCGCAGGUCGAAGAAGAGUCUCAGAAAGACGAUCCUGACUCUGCGGUUGUUGUGGACGAACUGUGCAACCUGCUGGAAGCUUGCGUUAAGGCCAAUUUCGCUGGGGUUGAGAACCCCCGACUUUAUAGUGAGGCUUAUUCUGGGACUAAGGAUCUUGUUCAGGAAUACGUUGAUGAGGUACAUGCGUGCAUCAAGGUUGUUUCGGAAACCCGAGGCGCCAAGAAUGAAGACAAAUAUCAUCAUUUCAAGCAUCUGGACACCAAUUUUGGUCGGACUGCGCUGUGUUUGUCUGGAGGGGCGACGUUCGCUUACUAUCAUUUUGGUGUCGUACGAGCACUGCUCGACAAUGAGGUUCUUCCGAGCAUUAUCACUGGAACGUCAGGAGGAGCGCUCGUUGCUGCUCUAGUCGGUACCAGGACGGAUGAAGAGUUGAAGCAGCUGCUGGUGCCUGCCCUUGCACAUCAAAUAAGAGCUUGCUCAGAGAAUUUUACCACGUGGAUGCGAAGGUGGUGGCGGACUGGCGCUCGUUUUGAUACGAUGGAUUGGGCCCGUCAAUGUAGCUGGUUCUGCAGGGGUUCCACAACAUUUCGAGAGGCCUACGAGCGCACUGGGCGUAUAUUAAAUGUGUCAUGCGUACCAUCUGAUCCCCAUUCGCCGACGAUCUUGGCCAACUACUUGACGUCGCCCAAUUGCGUCAUCUGGAGUGCGGUGCUUGCGUCUGCAGCGGUUCCUGGGAUUUUGAACCCGGUGGUCUUGAUGACGAAGAAACGCGACGGCACCCUUGCGCCAUAUUCCUUUGGCCACAAAUGGAAAGAUGGCAGUUUGCGAACGGACAUUCCCAUCAAAGCGCUGAAUCUCCACUUCAAUGUUAAUUUCACCAUAGUUUCUCAAGUGAACCCACAUAUCAACCUCUUCUUCUUUAGCUCCCGGGGAACUGUCGGCCGACCAGUCACCCAUCGAAAAGGGCGAGGGUGGCGCGGCGGCUUCCUAGGUUCGGCAAUAGAGCAAUACAUCAAGCUAGACUUGAACAAAUGGCUUAAAGUCCUCCGACACUUAGAACUCCUCCCUCGACCAAUGGGCCAAGACUGGAGUGAAAUUUGGCUCCAGAAGUUCAGUGGCACUGUGACUAUCUGGCCAAAAACAGUACCCUCUGAUUUCUACCACAUACUCUCUGAUCCCAGCCCUGAGCGCCUCGCACGCAUGCUCCGCACAGGCCAACAGAGCACUUUCCCCAAAAUCCCAUUCAUCAAGAACCGUCUCAAAAUCGAACUCGCUAUCCUAGAUGGCCUUCACCGCCUCUCCCCCUCCGGCGCCCCCGCUAUAUCCCCAAAACGUCCAUUCCCACUUGACCACGAUGACCAUGAGGGCCCCUCCAACCCAAGAGAAGACCAUCUGAACCACGACCUCCCCGACCGAGCCGCCGACUACAGAUCCAGAAACCCUGAGUUCAGAUUCUCAGACGCGUCUGAUGCUGUUGUUUCUGCUGAAACCAGCUCCGUAGACGAUAAUGACAUGGUUCCCCUAAGGCCGCGAAAUAGGGAAGCUGGAGCUGGGGGACGACGCGGAAGUGUCUCGAAUCUCUUUAACUUUGAGGAGAUGAGAAGACAGUCUGCUGUAUUCUUCGAUGACCCCGAUCUAUACAGGGAUGGGGAGUGA